ACAGAGCUUCCUAAAAAAGUAUAUGUCAAUACCUAUAGACAGGGUAAAGGUGGAUACCGUAGACAAGAAACCUUUGUAUCUUAAGUUAAGUUACAAAGGGGAAAUUGCAGCUGACAUUCUAAAGUGUCGACUCAAUAGAGCAAUAGAUAGAACAUUUCCCGCAGCUAAAUUGGUACUAAACUUCUCAACUAAACCAGUACUCACACAGCAAGUAAAGGAUAAAUUACCAAAGAUGGCCUCAUCAAUGUGCAUCUACGAAUUCAACUGCUCAUGUGGAGCUAGUUAUAUUGGCCGUACUCAGAGGGCUUUAUCCAUGCGCGCACGUGAACAUGUACCUGUAUGGUUGAGUAAAGGAGUAACCAAAGGCAUAAAUAGUGCAGUCUUAGCCCACUUGGUAGAUACUGGACACCCGAUAAAACUUGACCAAGCGUUCUCAGUUAUUUACCGCGUUCCUAGUAAUUUAUCUAGAGGAGCUCGACUACGUCUUCUAUCAGUAGCUGAAGCAGUUGCAAUUAAUACCAGAAGACCAUCCCUCUGCAUACAGAAGAAGUAUGUUCAACCUCUAUGUUUACCUUGGCCUACAAUAAAGCCAACAAAUCCUCCAUUAACACUAUAAAUUCCUUUCACAAUUUUCUUUUCUUUUCCUUCUUCUAUUCCUCUGUUUCAUUGACAAACGUUCAUUUUCGACUUUUAUGAUUUCAUGACCUUUCUUAUGAUUUUAUUACCUUAGGUUUAAAUAGUGCUUUUCUAACUUGCUAUCGUAUUUACAAAAUCCUGUUCAUUCCACUUCAUUAUAUUCAUUAUUAUUAUUUGACAAUCAUUCACCAAUAGUACAUUUAAUUUUAAUUUUACACCAUAUCAUCGUUAUUAUUUUACAAUCAUUCUUAUUGUUGUUAUUUUCAACCUUGAACUUAAGUCUAGACCGCCCCAUUCGUUGGUUUAUUUUCAUAUUGCCUCACACACCCUGAUUACACUCACUCUUGAAACCUGUAUUUUCUGUUAACUAUAUUUAUAUAUAUAUACACACAUCAUUAAAUUAAAUUAUUUCAUCUCAUUCUGUCCCAUGUUGUUAUUGACCAUGCAUAUUAAAAAACUAU